AUGAAUCCCACCAUCUGGAAGGAGUUCGACACGUCAUGCGAGACGGUGCAUCGCAUUGUCGAUGAGAUUGUUGCCGAGUUCUUAUUGUCCCUGGAUCACAAGGCGCUUCAUGAAUCAGGCGAAGAGAGAUACGAAAAGCAGGAUCGAAACGAUGACGACCCAGAGCCCAACAAUUGCAAGAAGUACGUCUUUCUUGAGGAGUUGGCGAAGGAGACUCGCAAUCUGAUCGAGCUGCGCGACGAGACUCUCAACGUGCUCGUAGCGGGUCGGGACGGCCUCGCUAUUAAGCAUCGCCCUUUUCGUUCUGGAUCAACGGCCCGGUAUCUGGGACAGCGUGCGGAUGGAGGUCAUCAAGACGUUUACGCCUCUGGCCUCCAGUUCCGCGAAACUCCCGCAAGGCGAACACAAACACGAAUCUGCCAUGAGGCGGCAGCCCAGACGGGCAGUCCCCAGUGUUCACCCGAGCUGGCCAGUCUGUCAACUACCAUGUGUACUCCAUGCAUCGACUCACAUCCAUCUUUGGCGAAGACGGCCACGUCUUCCGUCCGGACCUCUGAGACGAUCCAAGCCUUCGGCCCGGAUGGGGCUACAUCCCGAAAGUUGCAAUUUAUUCAGCCUCCAUAUCACCCCCUCAUUGGGGCCAAAUUCCGCGUCCUCGAGACGACUCAGGAAAACUUCAAGUAUGCCGAAGCGGCGCUCAACAAAUCAGCCAUGGACGCUGGUUACAGACUCUGUAUCUUCCGGAAAUAUCCCAAUAGCACCGAUCCGAGCCGGGUCACUUUUUGCUGCAGCAAGGGCGGCGCAUACAAGCCUUCCAGAGGACGUGAGGUAAACGAGGACGACCCUCCCAAGAAGAAGAGGAAGACAUCCACCAAAAAGACCAGCUGCCCCUUCCAGAUCGCUCUCAGGAGAGUAUGUACUGCUUGGGUUGUCGAGGGCAUCAGAGGUCAUGAGGCGCACAACCAUCCAAUGGUUGAUGCCUCGGCUAUCCCGGAGUAUAGGACGGCAAUUGUCAAGAGCAGGGAGGAGCAGAUUAUCAGGUUUGGGAACGAGAAGAGGCCACCAAGAGAGAUUUUGGAAUUCUUGAGGGAUGAGGAUGAGGCUUUCAAGAAGGUCAAUGCUCAAGACAUCUCAAACUUUCUUGCCGCCUACCGCCGCCAGGCAAAUGCUACGGAUGAGGAUACUAGAGACAAGGAUUCCGGGGAUGGGGCGAGGGAUGGGAAUGCAAGGGAUGAGGGUGCAAGGAAUCAGGACAUGAGGGAUGAGGAGACUCAGGAGAACAAAGAGGUGGCAGACCCUCCAAAGGAGGGGGCUUAA